UUUCAUAUGCACACAUAUUUGAGCACCAGCACACAACAAAUCUCCUAUACUCAAUCGACAUUGUGUGUUGCUUAUUUUUACCGUACUCACGUACUUUUUAUUAUACUAUUUUUUAUAACACCCAAGUGCGAUACAAUAAUUUAUCAGUCAAAACAAAAAAUGAUCAUUAAAGUUAUUCAAUAGCCAUAACAAUGACAGUGUGGAGAAAAAAAGACGGCUACAAUGCCGUAGCUAUAUAUAAUUACUGGCACCAUGGACCACACUGUCUUAAUUUAACAGUAGGGGACGUAGUUGAAAUUAUAGGUGAAUGUGAUAAUUGGUAUUACGGUAGAAAUAAGCACAAGGGAUCCAAGGGUAUAUUUCCUAAAUCGUUUGCACACAUACCAGUACAGACAAUUAAUUAUGAUGUGUUGAUGCAUGAAAUAACAAGUGUAUUACGAGAAUGGGGACAUCAUUGGAAACAUUUAUAUGUUAUAAAUUCACCGAACUUUGGUGCAAUUCAGCAGCAAAUACUCGAAAUGAUUGGCUACAGAAGCAAAAUAUCAAGCGGGACGUUGACAGUUGAUGAAUUAAAAGAUGUAAAACGUUUGGCUACGGCGCGAAUAGACGCGGGAAAUCAGCUUCUGGGUCUGGAUAUGGUUGUGAGAGAUGAUCAGGGUAAUAUACUGGAUCCUGAGAAGACUAGUACGAUCCAGCUGUACUAUCACCAUCAAAUAGCGUCCGAAAGAAUAAGAACAACGACAACUGACACUAAAAAAAAGUCAUUGAAACCACAAGUACCUGUGUAUUCUCAUAUAUUUUUUGUAAGCGUGCGUAAUUUUGUCUGCAAGAUGACUGAGGAUGUCGAAUUACUUUUAACGCUGUACGAUAGCAAGGAGGGAAAAGCCAUCUCCGAAAAUUAUGUCGUGUCUUGGAGCAAAGAAGGUUUGGCGCGUGACAUAGACCAGCUCCACAAUCUCCGCGUUUUGUUUACUGAUCUUGGAUCCAGAGAUUUGACACGCGACAAAGUUUAUCUAGUUUGCUACGUCAUACGUGUCGGCGGUAUGGAACCCAGAGAAAUAGAUCACCGACGUUCAAGUGUCGUCCAAACGAACGUUAAGAGUAAAAAUUAUUCAGACAGCAUGAGAAGACCUUUUGGUGUCGCUGCGAUGGAUAUUACAUUGUAUAUUACGGGGAAACUUGAAGGAGAUGUUGAGCAUCAUCACUUUAUACCUUUUGUUCAAUGUUGUGAGAAAGAAAGUUUGGAUGGUACGUUGCGAAGAAUUCUUGCCCAAAAAGAAACAAGUAUACAAAAAAAUAGCGGUAACAGUAGUAAUAAUCAUGUAGGAGGUCAAGGAUUAUGGGCGAGUUUAAAAUUACUGAGAGGCGAUACUAAGCAGGUACGCGAAGAGUAUCCGCAUCUAGUCCUUGGAAAUGUAUCUGUCGCGCGUAAAAUGGGUUUCCCUGAAGUAAUAUUACCUGGUGACGUUCGUAAUGAUUUGUACUUGACUCUAAUCAAUGGAGAAUUUAGCAAAGGAUCCAAGUCGACGGACAAGAACGUACAGGUGACAGUGAAAGUAUGUAAUGAACAUGGAGUGGCGAUUCCUGGGGUAAUUACUUUAGGAGGCGGGGCUCCAUUUAUUGAUGAGUAUCGCAGCGUUAUUUAUUAUCACGAGGACAAGCCGCGUUGGUGUGAGACCUUCAAAAUUGCUAUUCCAAUCGAAGAAUUCAAAUUAGCUCAUCUCAAGUUCACUUUCAAACAUCGCAGUUCCAAUGAAGCUAAAGAUAAAUCGGAGAAACCGUUUGCCUUGAGCUACGUACGGUUGAUGCAACGUAACGGAACAACGUUGCAAGAUACGCAACAUGAGUUACUUGUUUACAAACUCGAUCACAAGAAGUAUGAGGACAAUGACACCAGUUAUUUAAAAUUGCCAUCAACUCGCGCUGAAUUGAUUGAAUUGAAUAUUGAUAAAAAACCAGUUCUAGGACCACUGACUUUAACUUCCAAAGAUACAUUUUUAAUUGGUACUAAUGUGUGCUCAACAAAAUUAACUCAAAAUGUUGAUUUACUUGGUCUGCUGAACAGCACAUCGCGUCCUACUGAUCUCAAGGAAUCGCUGUCAGCUUUGAUGAAAGUUGACGGUGAGGAAGUUGUUAAAUUUCUUCAGGACGUUCUUGAUGCUCUUUUUAAUAUCUUGAUAAAUAAUUUUGACAGCGAUUUGUAUGAUGACAUGGUCUUUGAAUGUAUACUUUAUAUAAUCGGGCUCGUUUCCGAUCGAAAGUAUCAACACUUUCAGCCAGUACUGGACUUGUAUAUAUCCGAUAGUUUUUCAGCGACUCUGGCAUACAAAAAAUUAAUUGCCGUUAUGCGGAAACGAAUUGAGAAUGCAAGUAAAGGAGAAAAAUAUGACGUUUUAUUGAAAACGAUGAAGAGCUUACAGUACUGCAUGCGUUUUAUCGUUAAGUCACGGCUGCUGUUCAGUGAGUUUGAUGAAAACGAGCAGGAAUUCUCGCAGACGUUGACUGAUUUUUUAAAAUCUUUUGUUAACUUGAUGAGCAAUGAAGCUGGUGAGAUAUUAACUGUUCAAGGCGCUUGUCUUAAAUACAUUCCUUCUACCAUUCCACAUUUAUUGCAAGUAUACAGUGGAAAGCAAUUGAGUUUAAUUUUAACGGAACUGCUUGAUACUCUGCCACCUGGACGACUGAACAAACAAAAAAUGAUGACUGUCAAUGACAUUAUUCACAGUCCGCUUUUUCUAGAAGUUGAAUGUCGUGGUAUUUUAUUACCAAAAAUAAUAAAACUCGUACGUGAUCUUCUUGAAGCUAAAGAAGAGGGACUGUCAGGUACGCCUGGGAAAAGUGUAGCAAAGGUAGCCAGACUUCUAGGCGAAAAUCGUCACCGUCUCAAUCAACAACGCGGUUAUUCUGAAGAGGUCGAAUUGUGCGUUAAAAUACUUUCGGACACCUUAGAACUGACAUUCCGCAAAGAUAUAGGUUCAACUGCAUCAGACAUCAAAGAAAUAAUGUUGAUAUCAUUGAGAACAGUUAUACAAACAGUAAUAUCAAUGGACCGAGAGGAUCCACUAGUUGGUCAUUUGGUGUCAGUGAUGCUUUCAAUAUUCCGUCAAAUGUCACAGGCUCAUUUUGCAAUCUAUACAGAUCACUUUGUAACACGUUUUGAUUUGUUAGAUUUUUUAAUGGAAAUUCUUUUAGUAUUCAAAGAUCUCGUAUCAAGAAGUGUCUUCUCAUCAGAUUGGAGUGAGAUGAUAAUGCUCCAAAACAGUGUAAUUUUAAAAUCAUUGAGAAUAUUCUCGGGUACAAUACGUGAUUUUUUCUUUAAUGAAUUUGAACAUCAAGCUUGGUCUAAUUUUUUCCACUGCGCUAUUGCGUUUCUUACUCAACCAUCACUUCAACUCGAUACAUUUACUGUCUCCAAACGAAAUCGUAUUGUCUCACGUUACAACGACAUGCGAAGAGAAAUGGCUUUUGAAAUUCGGUCAAUGUGGUUCAACUUGGGUCAGCACAAAAUUCUUUUUGUACCAAAUUUAGUUGGGCCAAUUUUAGAAAUGACUUUGAUACCCGAAAAUGAACUACGAAAAGCAACGAUCCCAAUAUUCUUUGAUAUGAUGCAGUGCGAGUUUUAUAGCUCUCGUAUAACAGAAGGUUACGGUGACACAAAGCGAGACCCGGCACACAUAAAAGCUAAUUUUACCGAGUAUGAGAACGAGAUGAUUGCUCAAUUGGAUGUUUUAAUCGAAGGCGGAAGAGGUGAUGAGCAGUUCCGUUUACUAUGGAUUCAAGUUAUGGGAAUGUUGUGCGAGAGUCAUUCGACAAUGCAUGAACAGGGUCUGAGGUUCGUCAAUAUUGUUGCCAAUUUGAUGGAACGAUUAUUACAAUACCGUGAUAUUAUAAACGCAGAAUCUCAAGAGCACCGGAUGAUGUGUACAGUUAAUUUGCUUGAUUUUUAUUCCGAAAUUCAUAGAAAAGAAAUGUACAUUAGAUAUGUUAAUAAGCUGUGCGAAUUACAUUUAGAAUGUGACAAUUAUACCGAAGCUGCGUACACGUUGAAACUCCACAGCUUAUUACUUGACUGGAGCGAUCAGCCUUUAUCAUCUUUACUGCGCUCCAAUCGUUAUCCUGCAUGUCAAACUCACAGAGAAUUAAAGGAAGCUCUUUACAACGACAUGAUAAUAUAUUUUGAUAAAGGAAAAAUGUGGGAAUGCGCUCUAGGUGUUUGCAAAGAAUUAAUUAAACAGUACGAAGAAGUUACCUAUGACUAUCUCCAAUUGUCACAGCUUUUAAAACGAAUGGCUAAGUUCUAUGACUCGAUUGUCAAACAAUUGAGACCCGAGCCGGAAUAUUUCCGCGUCGCGUAUUACGGUCGCGGUCACCCGCCAUUUCUUCAGAACAAAGUAUUUAUUUAUCGUGGGAAAGAGUAUGAACGUCUUAGUGAUUUUUGUUCGAGAACUUUGAAUCAGCUGUCAAACGCCGAACAAAUGAACAAAUUGUCCCCGCCGAGUCUCGAAAUGUGUGAGUCAAAUCGUCAGUACGUCCAGAUAAAUAAAGUCGAGCCCAUAAUGGACGAGAAACGUCAUCGGCUAAGCGGUAAACCGAUAACUGCUGAGCCUGUUUUACGUUACCAUCGUGUCAAUGACGUAAAACGAUUUAGAUUUUCACGACCUGCGCCAAAAAAAGAACUUUUAAGAGAAUCUUUUAGUUCGUCGACUCUAUCACUGUCUAAAUCUUAUGAAGAAUUUAUUAAGGACGAGGCUGACAAUAAUGAUAAGACUAAUACUAAUAGUAUAAGUAGUAUUAAAAAUAAUGACAAUAAUAAUAAUUUUAAUAAUAAUAAUAAUAAUAACAGUAGCAAUGGCAAUGGAAAUGGAGAUGAUAAAAAUGAAUUUGCUUCUCUGUGGUUAGAACGCACUGAAUUAGAGACUAGCUCAUCAUUGCCUGGUGUCUUAAGAUGGUGCCCAGUUAUUUCUAGUGAAACUUAUCUAGUAAGUCCUCUUUGCAAUGCCAUUGAAACGAUGGAAGCAACAAAUGCGGCUCUACGUAAUUUAAUAAUCGCACAGCAAGCGGACUCGAGUUUACCGCUUACUCAGCUCAGUAUGAAACUCAAUGGGAUACUGGACCCAGCUGUCAUGGGAGGAGUUAAUAAAUAUGAAGAAGCUUUUUUAAACCCUACUUAUCGCGAGGCUCAUCCUCAGGCCAGUUCUGAUUUGUUGAAAUUAUCAAAUUUAAUUGCUGAGCAGAUUCCUUUGUUGGCAAUCGGAUUGCAGCUGCAUCGAGCCCGAGCACCAACGGAGCUGGCACCUUUUCAUCAGAGGCUAGAACAAUGUUUCAGCAGCAUGCGCGCUCAAGUUGAAGCCAAGUAUGGAAAACGUACUUGUGAUCUUCAGAUUGAGACUUUGACCCAGUCAGUUACGAUGCGCAAACAACAGCAGAGGAAACAUGAAUUGCAUUCGCGGUUAUCGGAGACUAGUGUCGUUAGUACAGAGACCGGAUCAGUACGUUCUCAUAUUCUGUCAACGGCUUCGCUUCAUAAAGCUCUUGGAACAUCUGGAAGCAGUACGACUAAAAAAAAAGAUGCUAAACGUCGAAGUGCACGGAAAAGUGACUCAGCAAGUUUAGUAAAACAAGAUUUAUCAACAAGUCAAUGGUACACGACUCCAGAAAUUCCAACUCAGUCAACUCCCGUGGUAUCUCCAGUGUCAUCGUCAAGUAUUUCAUCACCGCCACCAAUAGAAUUGCGCCAGCAACUAAAAGCAUCACGUCCACUGCGAUCUGAAGCCGAGAAAGAACGACGAGUCAGCAGUCGCUGGUCUUUACAGUCACAAAAUUACAUUCGUAAUUCACAAGAUGACCAAACAGAUUCAACAGAUUCUCACGAUCAACAAAAAAUAAAUCGUGACUCCGUUGGUACCACCGACAGCACAGCUUCCGAAGAAGAUCUUCCUCCUCCUUUGCCCAUGAAAAUGCGGGAAACUGACUACUGCAGUCUAUCAUCACAAAUCAGCACAGAUUUUUACACCACUAGUGCCAAUAUUAAAUCUAUUAUUAGUGAUAGUUUGGAUAUUAAAUUAAUGUCGGCGUCAAUUGAUGACAAUUUCGAAAAUAUAUCAAAACCACCUACUCCUCCACCAAAGCCUAAAAUUAAUCGAACGUUAUUACAUAGUACUACUAAAAUUACAAAUUCGAUUAGAAAAAAUUCUUUACAUAAUGUGUCGAUGCCUGCUGACUGACAUUUAAAAAUAACGUCCAUUAAGUAUUUUUAUUUUAUUAACGCAAUUUUAUAUUGUUAUAAAUUAUUAUUAAUAUUAUUAUCACUAUCGAUUAUUAUUAUUGAUCGCGUGUUUGAACAAAUUAAUACGUACAAUUAUAUAAAUUUAAUUUUCUGACCAUAUUUAAUUGUGCCAUCAUUAAAAAAUCGACAAUUACCAAGUUUUUCAUAAAACGUAACAUUAAUUAUUAUUAUUAUUGACAUUUUAUUUGUUAAAUUUGUAAAUAAUUUAUUUUACAUUUAACAAAUGCCAUAACUUUGUCAUUUAGUUACAAAUAUACUUAAUUUAAUAUUAAUUUGACGUCGAUAAAAAAAAUUUUAUUACAUUAUAGCUGAAAUUAUAUAAUGAAAAUAUAAAUAUAUAUAUUAUAUGAUUGCAAUGUUAUUUUAUAGGUAUUAUAAAACAAUUUUAUGACAUAGAUAAAAGUAAGUGAAACCAUGACGUCCACUAUGGUUAAUUUUUUAUAUUAAAUUUCUUGCCUAGUUGUUAGUGAAUCACGUGCUCUAAAUACCAAGUAAUUGAAAAUAUAUAAAAUUAUAAGUAGCUAGGCUCUUUAGUAUAAUAACUAUUAUUAUAUUUCUUUUAUGUAAUAUUUAUGUACCAAAGAGGUAAUUGAUUUUUUUCGUUCUUCA